AACAACCCUGACACAUUCAUUAUCUUCUAUUUCUAGAGAGAAAAAUAGUUGAAACUUUAUUUUUGAAUUGUCUGUGUGAAGUGAAAAACUUCGAAUUUUUUUACCUUACAUUACACUUCCUCUCUUGUCCUUUUGCACUCAAGUGUUAAGGUCGUUUACACUUCCAAACUUGAUCAUCACAUUUCAAUCUAGGUGGAAGAUUCUUCUUUUUUAUUUUUUUAUUUUUUUUACAUCUGAAAAUAAUUAUUAUCAAAUGAGAAUAUGUGUCUUUUUCUGAAUUAAGAAGCAUAAACCAUUCAUGGGUUUUUUCUGAUUUUGAGAAAACUGCUUCUGGGUCUUUGUCUUUGUGUCUUUGUAGCAUUAAAGACACGUUUUUGCUCAAGAUCAGAAUGUCUUGUCUUCAUUCAUUCUUCUAGAACCAUUUCACAGCUUGUAUAUUCUAUUAUUACAUAGAGAAAGAGAACUGUGAAGUUUGAAGAUUAAGCCAAACUGGGUUGCUUUUCAGUUACUGGUUCUUUAAGAUCAUGGAGGAAGAUGGUGUUGAUGCAAGUUGUUCAACAGAAGAUUGGUUGUUACAUGUGAAGGAGCUUGUUCCUGUUGCUCUUGAUAAAGCAAAAGAGGUUGUUAAGGUUAAAGGUUUUUCUGGUAGAUGGAAGAUGAUCAUAUCUAGAUUAGAACAGAUUCCGUUGAUGUUAUCGAAUUUAUCGAGCCAUCCGUGUUUCUCGAAGAAUGCUCUUUGCAAGGAGCAGUUGCAGGCUGUGUCGAAUUCGCUCAGAGACGUGGUUGAAUCGGCUGAGUUGUGUUUGAAGGAGAAAUAUGAAGGUAAGCUUCAGAUGCAGAGUGAUCUGGACGCGUUGAUUGGGAGAAUGGAUUUGAAUUUACGAGAUUGUGGACUUUUGAUCAAAACUGGUAUGCUCGGCGAGGCUACUUUGUCGUCGUCGUCCGUGUCUGGUUCUGUCGAACAAUCAGAUGCUGCAGCACAUAACAACAUAAGGGAGUUACUCGCACGCCUUCAGAUUGGUCAUUUGGAAUCGAAGCACAAAGCUUUGGACUGUGUUGUUGAGGUUAUGAAAGAAGAUGAAAAGAAUGUUUUGGAUGUUUUGAGUAGGAGCAACAUUGCUGCAUUGGUUCAGUUGCUUACAGCAUCAUCAACAAGGAUAAGAGAGAAAACAGUUACCGUUAUAUGCUCGCUCGUCGAAUCGGGUAGCUGCGAGGAUUGGCUAGUUUCCGAAGGUGUUCUUCCGCCUCUUAUAAGGCUCGUUGAAUCAGGCAGUGCUGUAGGUAGAGAAAAGGCCGCGAUAUCGCUGCAAAGGCUAUCAAUGUCGGCUGAAACAUCACGUGAAAUAGUCGGGCAUGGAGGCGUUUGUCCGCUGAUCGAGCUUUGUCGAACCGGAGAUUCUGUUUCACAGGCUGCUGCAGCUUGUACAUUAAAGAAUAUAUCAGCUGUUCCUGAGGUGAGACAAGUUUUAGCCGAAGAAGGGAUUGUUAAGGUUAUGAUCAAUCUGUUAGCCUCAGGAAUGUUGUUAGGUUCCAAAGAAUACGCAGCAGAGUGUUUGCAGAAUCUCACUGCAAGCAACGAAAGCCUAAAGAGAAGCGUCGUAUCAGAAGGCGGUAUCAGAACUCUUUUAGCCUAUCUCGACGGUCCACUUCCUCAAGAAUCCGCUGUCGCGGCGUUAAGAAAUUUAGUCGGAUCAAUUUCUGACGAAACAUUGGUUUCGUUAGGAUUACUUCCACGGUUAGUUCACGUUCUAAAAUCCGGCUCCUCGGGAGCGCAACAAGCCGCUGCAUCAGCAAUCUGCCGAGUUUGCAGCUCGAGCGAGAGGAAGAAAUCAGUCGGCGAAUCCGGUUGCAUUCCCCUCCUUGUUAAGAUGCUUGAAGCAAAACCAAACAGUGCAAGAGAAGUUGCUGCACAAGCAUUAUCAUGCUUGAUGACAGUGUCUUAUAACAGAAGAGAAGUUAAGAAAGAUGAAAAAAGUGUGCCUAAUUUGGUUCAGUUGCUUGAUCCUAGUCCACAAAACAAUGCAAAAAAAUACGCAGUUCUUUGCCUUGGAUUGAUUUCUUCAAGUAAGAAAUGUAAGAAGCUAAUGAUCUCUUAUGGUGCCAUUGGAUAUUUGAAGAAACUGAAUGAGAUGGAUAUUCCAGGAGCUAAAAAGUUACAUGAGAGAUUAGAAAAAGGGAAAUUAAGAAGUUUGUUUGGUAAGAAAAUAGUGUAGAAAAAGUGUUGCAUCUUUCUUUUUUUUAUCAUGAUGCAAAAUAGUUAAGACUGUAUAAACUGUGGAAUGUACAAGGUUCUAAGAUAUGUAUUGUGUAAUUAAUCAAUGUUACAUUAUUAUAUAAACAAUAUUUAAACA